GCACCGGCGGCUCUCACGCGCACAGGGCGCGCGCGCUCCGCCAUGCACGCGCCUGCGCUCGGCCCCGCGCUGCAGGUAGUAACUCCGCCCCCUCCGUUAAACACAAUGCCGCCGCUCCGAGCCCCUCCGGCUCCGUUCCGUCCCGUCCGGGUCCAGACUCCGCGGUCCAGUUCCGGAGGCCUCCAGAUCCGGACCCACUGAAGGUUUUUCCUCCUCCGACCGAAGGUCCGCCCCGAUCCGAUCGGCCCCCGCUGACCUCUGACCUCUGAGACAUGACGGUGAGGUCCGAUCCCGUCGGAACCGCCUGCUGAGUUCCAGAGUUCUGGUCCGGUUCUGUCUGAAGCAGAGGAGCAGAAGUUAAAGAAGCUGUUUGGAGGAUUUUAUCGGGUCGGUUCUGGUUCCUCUUUCCCACUGGCUCUGCUGGCGUUUGGGUCCUCGGUUCAGGAGGAGAUGGAUCGCCGGGUCGGAGCGACAGGAAGUUGAUCCGCAGCCAGAAUGUCGUGGAAGAGGAACUACUUUGCGUCGGGCGGAGCGACGCCGGGGAUGGUGACGCCUCGCCGCGUGGCGUCCAUCGCUCCCAGCAAAGGCCUGAGCAACGAACCGGGUCAGAACAGCUGCUUCCUGAACAGCGCCCUGCAGGUUCUGUGGCACCUCGACAUCUUCCGCCGGAGUUUCCGCCAGCUCACCACUCAUAAGUGCAUGGAGGACUCGUGCAUCUUCUGCGCUCUGAAGAGCAUCUUCGGUCAGUUCCAGUACAGCAGUGAGAAGGUUCUGCCGUCCGACGCUCUGCGCAGCGCUCUGGCUAAGACCUUCCAGGACGAGCAGAGGUUCCAGCUCGGCAUCAUGGACGACGCGGCGGAAUGCUUCGAGAACAUCCUGAUGAGGAUCCACUUCCACAUCGCAGACGAGACCAAAGAAGACAUCUGCACGGCCAGACACUGCAUCCCCCACCAGAAGUUCGCCAUGACGCUGUUUGAGCAGUGCGUCUGCAGCAGCUGUGGAUCAUCUUCAGACCCGCUGCCCUUCAUCCAGAUGGUUCACUACAUCUCCACCACCUCCCUGUGUAACCAGGCUGUGAAGAUGCUGGAGUCCAGGGAGAAGGCCACGCCCAGCAUGUUCGGGGAGCUGCUCCGGAACGCCAGCAUGGGCGACCUGCGCAGCUGUCCUAGUCAGUGCGGUCAGCAGCUCCGCAUGGCCCGCGUCCUCCUCAACAGCCCGGAGAUCAUCACCAUCGGCCUGGUGUGGGACUCGGAGCACUCGGACCUGGCCGAGGACGUCAUCCACUCGCUGGGAACCUGCCUGAGGCUGGGAGAUCUGUUUUACAGAGUGACGGAGGAGAAGGCGCGGCAGGCGGAGCUCUACCUGGUGGGCAUGGUCUGUUACUACGGGAAACACUACUCCACCUUCUUCUUCCAGACUAAAAUCAGACGCUGGAUGUACUUCGAUGAUGCUCAUGUAAAGGAGAUCGGCCCCAAGUGGAAGGACGUGGUGUCACGCUGCAUCAAGGGCCACUACCAGCCGCUGCUGCUGCUGUACGCGGACCCCCGGGGGACGCCGGUGUCGGCGCCGGACCUGCCGCCGCGUCUGGACCUGCAGCACCUGAACAAGGCCAGUUACGACAGCGAGGACUCGGGCCGGGAGCCGUCCAUCUCCAGCGACACGAGAACCGACUCGUCUACAGAGAGCUACUGCGGCCGCGGGCCCCCCCACUCCCACCAUGAGGCCCAGGGAACCCUCAUCUCCCCGCAGCGACCGGACCGCGCCGCCUCGCUCUGCAGCCUGGAGGCCAUAGACCGCCUGGCGGACGGGGAGCAGCAGCAGGCUCUGAGGAAAGGAGGCGGGGCCUUGGACAGGAGGCGGAGCUCCGGGCGGUCUCGGCGAAUUAAACACGAACCGUCAUCAGCAGGUUACCAUAGCGAUGGAGAAACCCUGAAGGAGCAGCAGGUUCCUCGUCACCUCCCCAAACCUUCCUCCUCCUCCUCGUCUUCCACCAGUCGCCUCAGAGACUUUAAGGACACCAUGACCAACAUCAUCCGCCCCCUCUCCUCCUCGUCUUCCUCCUCUCUGCCAGCCGCCGUCUUCUCCUCCCCCUCCUCCUCCCCCUUCAUCCAGAACCUCCCAGGUCCAAAUGCGGCUCCGGGUUCCUCUAAAGUCCAGGACUGGGAGGCUGACAGCACCAGCAGCGAGUCCAAGUCCAGCGCCUCAGGAGGAGCGGGGCGGUACCGACCCGCCUGGAAACCGCGGAGGGAGACGCUGAACAUUGACACCAUCUUCACCCGAGAGAGGCGGAGGCAGGCGGGGUACAGCCCCCUGGGAGGACCCCCACCUGAUGGGGGAGAAGCUGCUGAUGGAGGAGACGCCUCCUUCUCAGCCCAGGAGGAGGCGUCCUCCGUCAGACCUGGAUCCUCCAGGACGCUGCCCACCUCCUUCAGAGAGUCACGGCUCCCUCCUCCUCCUCCUCCUCCUCCCAGGUUGAUCCAGAGGAUGGAGAGCGGCUAUGAGAGCAGUGAGAGGAACAGCAGCAGCCCUGUGAGUCUGGAGCUCAACCUGGGAGACAGGGACAGCGCUGUGAAGAAACCUUCCUCCUCCUCCUCCUCCUCCUCAGGACCAUCAUGGAGGAACAUCAGGUCAAAGAGCAGCGGCUCCUUGCUGCAGGACAUCGGCUCCACCAGCAGAGGGAGCCUCGCGCCCCCUGCAGGCCGCAGCGAGCUGGACGAGCUGCAGGAGGAGGUGCUGAGGAGAGCAAAGGAGGAGGAGCAGCAGCGGCGGCAGGAGAAGGAGAGGGAGGCGGCUCUGGGCUUCAACCCGAGACCCAGCAAGUUUCUGGACCUGGACCAGCUGCAGGUCCAGGGUAAAGGCGACAGCUUUGACAGGUGUGUGAUGGAGGCGGAGCUUCUGCUGGACCAAUCGCUGCGUCUGGAGCAGGCAGGCGAAGUCACAGCGGCGCUGUCUGCGGUCAACGAAGCCGUCUCCAAGCUGCGCUCGGUGGCGACUGAGGUUGGAGCUAGUAGCCACAGUCGGCUGCAGCGCUGCACCAGGAGAGCCCGCAGCCUGCAGCAGCGCAUGCAGCUGCAACAGGAGGCAGUAAAACAGGAAGCUGUGCUGCAGGAGGAGCAGCAAAAGGAGGAGCCCAGUGAAAAGCCUCUCCCGCUCGCAGUUCUUCUGACAGACCAGCAGGGCAACCAGUCCGCUGCCCAUCCACAGGACACUCACCUUUCCACUAGCUUUAAGCCCCUCCCAUCUGCAUCAGGUUUGCCCUCUGGCUCCGCCUCCAGCCCUUUGGCCCCCUCUCCAAGUAGGACCAGGAGCCCCCGCUCUUUCUUUGGGAAAACCCUCAGUAAUGCCAGGUCCCUCCCUGCUCUCUCUGUGGAUACCUGCCUGGAAGACUUGGCUCCUCCCCCUCCACCUGUAGAGGAUUGGUCUGUCCCAUUACAAGCCCCGCUCCCACCUAGAACGCCGUCACCUGCUGAUCCCACCACUAGGUGUCCUGUGAUAACACCAGAGGGCGACUCGUGUCAAACUAAUAAUAAACAGGCCACACCCGUCAAUCAUAGCCCAGCUUCAACUUUGGCUCCUCCCCCUUCCUUCAGCCCAACCAGGAAGUGGUCUUGUUUAAGUCUGGAUCAACCCGAUGUGGUGGAUUCUCCAAACCAAUCGAUCAGCCCCCCCGUUCAGCCUCCCUCAGACUCCGCCUCCAACCCCCCACCGCUUGGCCAGCCCGUCAGACCCGCCUCCAGUCCGGUUCACCGAGGCGCCCUGCCUGUAGAAUGCUGGGCGGAGAACGUCAACCGGUACUACAACUCCCAGAAUGCAGCGGGAGGUGGAGGAGUGGCGGCAGCAGAGGCUGGAGAGGAGAUGUCUGAGCUGGAGACGCUGUACCAGGCCAGUCUGCAGGCUCCCAGCAUGCACCGGGGCAGCCGGGGGGUCAGCCCACAAGCAGGGGGCAGCAGAGCAGGUGUGAGGAGGAUACCAUCAGGAUCUGGACGCUCCAAAACACCGACCGCUGAAAUAGAGAGAUAUGCCUACAGAAGUCUGGUCUCACCUGUGCAAAAGCCCCCUGCAGGUGAAGACGAGAGCUACAGCGCAGAAAACCUGCGACGCCUCGCUCGAAGUCUGAGCGGAACCGUCAUCGGGUCGAGACCGCAGACCCUCCCACAAAGAUGUAAGGACCCCAAUGUCUCCAGGCCCCCCCUCAGACACUCAAACCUUCACAGCACCUCCUCCCUCCCACGCUGCCCCAGCACCUCCUCCUUGCACCCCCCCUCCUCCACCUCCUUCCCAGCAGAUCACGCCUCCUUCCAUCAACCCCGACACCAUGGACCCCCAGCUCCACAGCACCCCCACAUGCAGGCAUCACGGCCCCCCAGCUCGGGGCCCUCCUCCUGGGGACACUCAGCUCCUUCACGCCUCCAGCACCAGUUUCUGGUUUUGCCUGAUAGGAUUCCGACUCCCUCCGGUCUCCACAGCAACACGAUGAAUUAUGGCACUCUGCCUCGGCGUGCCCCACCUUCCUCCUCCUCCUCCUCCCUGCCAAGGCCCAGAACCGGUCCUCCUGCUUCUUUGGGUCCACAGAGUCUCUACUCCACCCUGGUCCUCCCUCGGCGCCCCACUAACACCUCCAUCAGCCACCAGGAGGCGUGUCUAACUGGGAGAGGAACUGGCUCUGCUCCACAGCGCCACCGUGAGUCAGGAGACGUCCCCACUCAGCCCCGCCGCAUGGAUGUCCCCCCUGAGACCGACUGGCGCCGGGAUGUGGAGUACAGGAACAGUCGGCCAAGCUCCUCAUGGGACCAGAGGUCCGUUAAUCUCCAGCGGACAGACAGGGGCCCCAACAGGGGCCCUCGGCUCUGCUCCCUCUGCCAGCAGCUUCCUGCAGACCCGUCACGUCCUUACUGCCGGACCUGUGCAGCUUAUGUGGCCCGAUACGGUUCAGGCAGCAGACAGUGAGAGAGACACCAGCAGAUCGAUGCUGAGAUGAAGGCGGUGGGUCCAAACCAGGAGCAGAACAUCAGAGAAGGUUUAACCUGAACUGUGCUGCUGCAGACACAAGAAUCUGAACAGAACCUUCAGAUAGAACCCAAACCCAGCUCUGCUGGAGCUCAGAACUCAGUCCAAAGUGGACCCUGGUAUCAGCCUCCAGCAGAACCACAUCUGUUCUGCUCUGGAGAAGCUGUUUGGGCUUCAGUUCUGCAUCAGAUGAAGAACGGACUUCCUGUGUACGGUUCUAACAGAACCUUGUAUAUUUUUAUAGCCUGUUGCUCAGCUUGAGGAGAUCAUCUCCAAGAUUCUGAACUGAAUCUAGUCAACUGUUCCUCAGAUGUUCUCCUUCCAGUUAGAUUAGAUUCUUGCAGAGCUGCAGCUCAUGUUUAGUCUGACGGUUCUGAUUUUAGCCUCAGUUUUCUCCAUGUGAAGAUCUUUGAUCUGCUCCAUCUGAAGUAUUUAAAGAUCCUUUUCUCUUUGGUUUCAGCCCAUUUUUUCCUCUUCAGAUGAACUCAAGUUAAAGAUCAUGUUUCAGAUCUGAGAUCAGAGAGUUCUGUUUUCAUCAUGUCCAAGUUUUUAUUUCUGCUGUUUUAGAUAUGAUUUUGUAAUAUUUCUGCUUUUUGUUUUACUCCAGCAAACAGAGACAAAAUGAUUAAAAUGUUUUCUGGAAACGUUUGAAGUCUCUUAGAUCAUAGUUGGACCUGAUGUCUCUGGUUUUAGUCAGACCUUCAGAUCAUCCAGAGCAGAAGAUCUGAGCAGGUUUCUGAACUCAUCCAUAGAUCAGAAAAACUGAACUCCAGUCAUGGCCUAAACCCAAAGUUCUUCUCCUAAACUCAGUCUGGAAAGUUUGGGAACCUUAGGAAAAAACGGACACAGAGACACACUUCAUUUGUUCUGGUUUGGAUUUUUGUUUAAAUAAAUGUUUCAGGUCAUCAAACCAGUUUCAAUAUUGGAUAUAGAUAAUCUGUGUAAAUAAAGCAGUUUUCAAAUGAAGGUUAUAUUAGUUAAGAAAAGUUCCAAACCAAAAUGAAACUGUAGCCCCAUUUACUCUACCCUCAGAAACCGAUCCGUGCCGAGUUCAGAGCGGUUAACCGAUCCAAGAUCGGUUCCUUACGACCAUUUCCACACCACGCUAGCACGGUUUCUUUCUAGUGGCGAUCUAUGGUACUACUGCUCUCUAGUGGUAAAAAAGCAAACCAACAUGGCGCCGCCCGUAACAUUC